AAUGAUAGAAAAAUGCACAAAUAUACCAUGUCCCACACUUGAUUACUCUAAGAGGGAUUUCGUGCUAUGUCCGGACAUAGUUCUUAAGUGCACUUCGUUUUAUGAAUCAGUUGAGGUUAUAAAAGUGUAAAUUGUCACAUUAUGUUUAAUGUUUUUGUUAAGUUUUAACUACAUACAAUACUUAAAUAUUUCAAUUGUUGAACUUAAGUUUAAUUAAGUCAUUAUUUUUACAAACUCGUUUAAAAUGAAUCGUGGCAAAUUAAUGGUAGAGCUUUGUAAUCGGAUUAAGACGAUUGACAAACAUAGCUCGAACAGUUUUUCUAAAGAAAGAACCGUUGUUGACUUCCCUUUGAGAAUCGAUCAGCCGAACGAAAUAGAAAAUAUUCAUGAGUUUAUUGAGGAAACUGAGGAAGUUUUUAAGGAAAAAACCGUUACUCAUACUACCGAACGUCCCAAUGAAAAUUACAUUGUUAUCGCAGUGAAUGAUCUUGAGACAGUUGCCCAGGAAGAUUGCGUUGAUCAUGAACAACAUGAAGAGAUAAUUAUCGACAAUGGUUCUAAUUUGUUUGCCUUAAAAGAAGAUAACAUUAAUAUUAUCAUCUAUAAUGUCCAAGACAGUACAGAAAUUAACAACGAAAAGAGUUUUGAAACUAACGACGAAGAAAGGCGUGAUUCCACGUACAUUCUCCAGAACAAUGACACAGAUUCCACAAGUAGUGACCAAGAACCCCAAAGCUUUGCAGCUAAACGAAAGAGGAGUAGGUUCGCAAACCCAAGUACUUGGGAGAGGAACAUUCGAAAACAGAAAAGGCUCGCUGGAGAAAGCUACAUUGAUAGAAAAGGUCGUGAAAUUUCCGAAAAAGUGGUAAACCUGGUAGACUGCCAAUGUCGGUUUAAAUGUAGGGAUGCAAUCACGGUUGCACAACAAAAAUCGCUGUUUCAGGAGUAUUGGAGUUUUGGGAGUACAGUACGUCAAAAGGAUUUUUUGUGUUCCCUCAUUGAAGAAACCGCUAUAGCCAGGAAGAGAAAAAGAUCUGAAGAUUCAGGUAUUGAUAAAACUGUGAGCAGAUCUUACAAGCUAUCAAAUGGAAACAGUGAAACUAUUCGAGUAUGCCAAAAAUUUUUUUGCACUUUUGCUAUCUCAAAAAGAAUCCCAACCGACGCACUGCUUCACAAAAGUAUAAACGGAACCUAUAGAGGGCAGGAUAAAAGAAAAGGGAGGCCAGCGACUAAUGUCACUCCUCAUAAAAAAGUGCGGGAAAUUCAAGCGAUCCUUGCUGCAUUUCCCAAAGUUCCUUCCCACUACUGCCGCCAGCGAAGUUCCAGAUUAUACCUUUCACCAGACCUCUUAAUUGAAAAACUCUAUACACUCUAUAAAGAUAAAUGUGGGCCAGAGGCUGUAAAUCUUAAUGUCUUUCGACGAUUAUUCAAAGAGCAUGAUCCACCACUAGCAAUUUUCAAGCCUAAGAAAGACCAGUGUUCCAUUUGCAAUGAAGCAGAACGUUUAAAUUCUAAAGGCACAGAUAUAAAAUACCAAGAGUAUGUAAGGCAAGAAGAUGCAAUCAAAGCCAUGAAAGAAAACGAUAAAAAAGCAUCUAAGAAUGAUUCAAAAAUUAGCUACGGUACCUUCGAUCUACAGGCAGUGUUAACUCUACCGUAUGCUGGUGAUUGCCAAAUUUACUAUAAAAGGAAGCUGUCCCUUUUCAACUUCACUGUCUUCGACUUCCGGGAAGACGGACAUUGCUUUUUAUGGGAUGAAACCAACGGAAAGAAAGGCAAAAAAUUCAAAUUUUUUGAAGUCAACCCCUCCGAAAUUAAUUCGGAAAACAUAAUUCUUGAAAGCAAAUAUAAAAACCAUCACGAAAUCUCUACCGCCAAAAAAAGAGAUUUGAUUAGCUUACUCAAGCAAGGUGUUAUACCCCAAGAGUACGCAGCAUUUUAUAAUAACCUACCAUCCUCCAGAGGUAUUCGAGACGUCGCAGUGUGGAGUCACGAUCAGGAAAUCGAAAAUGAUGUAGAUGAAAUUGAUAUUUAA